AUAAAAUUCGAAAUUCUUCCUUCGAUUCAUGCAUGCGAAGGGAUUCAAUUAGUUCAGUGAUCGACAGCACUGAUUUUUAGGAUUUUAUGUUUAUGUCGUUUUUCUGAACAACAACAACAUCAGCAAAAUGGAUGCGUCUGAUUUUUUUUGUUCUGUUUGUUUGUGAGAAAUGUGCGAUAGUAUAUAAGAAUUAUGUGCCAUAUGCGCGCCAGUUUAUUUCAUCCAAUUCAAUAUUAUGUUCAUCGGAGAAUCUAUUUUUGGUUUCAAAUCAAGCGAGCAAACAAAACCAGAUGCAUAAACUCAAUGAUGAAAAAUGAUGAUGAAGACGAUGAUGAUGUUGAUGAUUGCGACCAACACAACCAGACAUAUAAAUCCAAGCUUACUGUCUUAAAUUAAUUCAAGCAUGAACCAGUAUCAUGUCCAAAAUUGUCGUCCCACCUCAUCCGUAUGGAUGAUAUGACAAAAUUGAUUUUUGACUAGAAUUUCAUUUUAUCAUGAGGAUUCAUUCAAUGUCUUUGUCGUGCGACUGAAUUAAUCGAAUAGUUGAAAGCCAGUUGUUGAUUUGUAAUCACACACGGGUAAAACAAACGAUUUUGUACUCUGAUUUUGUUUAUUUGCUGUAUGAAUGUCAUAUCUAAUCUUCCGAUUAUCGUUAUUUCUAAUGAUUCUUAAUGUAUUUUUUUUAUAUUUUCAGAACGCUUUAACUCUUAUCGAUGAAAAAUCUCCACUCAAAUCACAGCAGCUAUAAAAGAUCAAAUUUCAAUGUGCCAAAAUCUUUCAUGAUCAUUGUGAAUUUUGAUCAGAAAUUUUUCGCUUUUGCAAUCCUAUAGAAAUGUCCAAUUUAAGUAGCCAUAGCGGUGCCGGUACUAGUGGCUCUGGUGGUCAUGGCAAUCGAUCAUUCAAUCCAGAAUUUGAUUUAUUAUUUUCAAAUUUAUCAACCAUCGAUAAUGAACAAAUUUCAUCAUCUAUGUCUUGUCAACAAUUACAGCAUUCAUAUAAUCCAAGUGAUAUGUUAAUCAACAAUACUUAUUCUACAGCAAUCAAUCAUCAUCAACAACAACAGCAACAAAAUUAUAAUAUGAAUUUCAAUGCUAUUCGUGAAGUAUUAUCCAUGCUAAACGGUUUAAAUGUCGAAAUGAUUAAAAAGAAUCCUAAUGAUCUGUUCAUGUUGCUUAAAUAUCGCAGCAAUAGUGGUCAGAAUUCGAAUCCAAACAACAAUCAUGGACAGAAUGAUAUUCAUUUGGAUGAUGCAUGUUGCCAGAUGAUUAUUCGCAUCGGAGGAAUUGGAAAAAUUUUACUAAAAAUUCUCAACUAUCUCAAUUAUUAUACAACGGCAAGUAAAGAGAAUUCUUUGUUUGCUUAUCCAAUGUUCGAUGAUGGUGUCACAGAAUCAAAAACAUUGGGCAAUAUAAAACAAUAUUUCGUCAAUUCUAUUCAUUUAGAAAUCAAAGAAUAUCAUUAUCAUUUGUUAAUGAUUGAAAGUCGAUUUCGACAAUUACGAGUACAUUAUUCAUUUGCAUUACGACGGAUAAUGUUAUGGUCAACACAAUGGUUAGAGAAAUUUCUGUUCAUUAUUGAUCUGUUGAAACAGUGCAUUGAUUAUAAAGGAAUUUCAUUAUUGAAUCAGAUCUAUGAUCAUUCAAGAAAUGGUGAUCACAAUGUACAAAAGAUGGCACGUUCAAUUCUACAUCAAUCACUUAAACCAUUCAUUUUCAUCAUGUUUGAUUGGCUUCUUUACGGUGAAAUUAAUUCGGAAAAAAUUGGUCAAGAUUUCUUCAUCUGUAUCAAAGAUAAAUCGAAUAUUCUGGCAGAAUUUCCGCAGCCACAUAGAAAAUCCAAAAAAUCUAGCGAUUCGAAUGAUGAAGAAAAAACCGAAACGUUUGAAUGGAAAUCCUAUGAACUAAAUAUGGCCAUGUUGCCAUCAUUCAUGUGUCAAAGACAGAUACAGAAAAUUUUUUCUAUUGGAAACGCGAUCCGUUUGUUACGAUAUACAAUCAAAGAUGAAUAUGAUCAGAAAAUGGUCAAUGAAAUUUUCUCGUCAUCGCAGAUUCAAAUUAACUAUGAUAUAAUCAGAAAAUUCUUGUAUAAAAAUAUUGAAACAAUUAGUGAAUGUGAUCGUUUCUUUUUCGAACAUGGUCUUGUCGAAGAUUUUGACCUGCUACUUGAAUCCUAUUAUGAUGUAAUCAAUGAUGAAAUGUUCAAAGUAUUACAGAUGAACAAAAUUAAAGCCGAAUUUGAAUUAUUAUUAGCCUAUGUAUUGAUACAACGUGGCGAUUUCUACGAAAGUCUAAUUGAUUAUCUUCUACCAUUGUUUCGAAAACCGGCUACUGAAGUGAUUAAUACUAUUGCCAAUGGAAAUUCAACCAGUAAUCUACAUCGCAUAUUCAACAUGUUCAUGAUCAAUUCAAAAUUAAUCGACAUGCAUAAAGUAUAUAAGAUUGAUUCAUUACUUUAUAAUAAUUUUGAAUUGAAUGAAAACCUGGUGUUUACAUUUACAAAAAAUGUACAAAUGAUCGCACAUCAUCUUGGCUGGGAUUGUUUUAUCGUACGUUAUACGUUCAGUAAGAAUGUCUAUCGUGUUAUGUUCGAUGCUCAACUGAUCCGAUAUGAACGUCUUUUUCGUCAGCUAUUCUACUAUAAACGGGUUCUGUAUUCCAUAAGAAAAGCUCAACAUCAGAUUAUAUUCUAUCGUCGUGAUUAUCGACCUAAACAUCCCAGUCAAACAAGAAUGGAAUCCCGAAAUGUUCGAUUGAUACCUGCUGAUAUGAUAAAAGUUAUUAUACACAUGUUGAAUACGUUACAUUUUCUUUUCUUUCACAUGUUUGGAUUCUCUUCACGAAUGUAUCGAUAUUUUGGCCAACAAAUUGACACGUUAUGGUCCACAAUGUUCGAGGUGAAAUUCUGUGAACCACAGAAAAAUGUGGAAAAAUUUGUUUAUGCACAUGAAAAAUUCCUUCGUUCAAUUGAACGUGUCAUAUUUUUCGGUGAAAAUAUUGAGCUGCUCACUGCUUAUGCAGCAUUAAAUGAUUCGAUUAUUGAUUUUUGUGAAUCAUUCUGCGAAAUGGAAUUCUUUCCCACCAUUGUCCGAUUGAUGACCAAUGAUGGCUAUAAUUAUCGAAAUCAUGAUCAAACUUUGAUGAACAAAUCUAAACCACGAAAUCAUCAACAACAGCAACAACUUUUACAACGACAAGGUCUUUCCGAACAAUUGUUUAAGCUUCAAUUUAAAAUCACCGUAAACAUAUCCAAAUAUCGAUGCUGUAUACGUAAGUUCAUACAACUUUUACAACAGCCACUGCAGUCAUCAUCGUCUUCAUCAAAAUGUGCUAGUAAUUUUGAAUUUAAAUACGAUCUGCUCACAUAUCAGCCAUGUUUGGAUAGUCUGUUUCGUCUGUUUUCAUUCAUACGACACCAGAGUCCUGUACCCGAAGCAGAUGAUGAUGAUGAUUCGAGCAUAGAAUUUUAUUAAAGUGCCAAAAUGAUUCUUGAUCAUCUUAUAUUUAUUUUUAUAUCAUAAUAUAAUUGCACCAUUAUUAUUUUAUCGGUAUACUUUUAAGGUGGAUCCAUUGUAUAUUAUAUUUUGUUAACUACUAUCAACAAUUUCAUUAGUGGUUGCUCCUUUUCUCUCCAACAAUGUUGUAAAUCAAUUUAAUAAUUACAUCAUUAUUGAUAUAGGAGUUAAUAAAAAAGCAAAAAUUAA